AUGAACCCCAACCAGGGUCGCGGAACCUGCAACCAACAUGCUGUGGCUGCUGGUCCUGACUCUCCCCUGUCUGGGGGGCUCCGUACCUGUGACCUCAGGAGAAACCCAGUGACUCGGCACUUUAAGGUCCAACUAGGACGACUGAGACCCUCAUACAGUGACAGUGUGCAGGUGGCCAGGAUCAUCCGCCACCCCAAGUACAGCCUUGAAAAUGAAGCAAAAGGUGGGGCGGACGUGGCACUUCUCAAACUGGAGGCCCCCGUGCGACCAUCUAACCUCGUCAGGUGGAUCCGCCUCCCGCCAGCCUCCUCCGCAUUCCCCCCAGGCACACGGUGCUGGGUGACUGGCUGGGGCGACAUUGCUUUUCAAGAGCCGCUGCCAACGCCCCACAAUCUGCAGGAGGUGGAGUUCUCCAUUGAGGCGGAUGAGAUAUGUAGGCAGCAAUAUGGCAAUCUUAUCAGGGACGAAAUGCUGUGUGCCGGGACCUGGGGACGGGGCACCUGCCAGGGUGACUCUGGGGGCCCCUUGGUCUGUAAAUGGAGGGGUACCUGGGUCCAGGUAGGCGUGAUGAGUUGGGGGCCCGAGUACUGUUUUGCCAACUUUCCUACAGUCUAUGCCCGAGUGACAUCCUUCUUGCCUUGGAUCCGCCAUCAUAUUCAUUCCUCUCCUUGA